AUGGCUUCUCGGAGGCUCCUCACCUCUCUCCUCCGAUCCACUCAUCGUCCUCCCUCUGGACCUCCGUUUCGAAACUCUAGGUCCUUCUUACACUGUCCAUCACCAAAGGGUUACAUAUUCAACCGCAUUGUGAACUAUGUUACCUCUGCAACAACUCCGUCUCAGCCAGAACCGGUACAACCGGCAAAGCUUCUUAUCGAUGAGUUUAUCGGUGCCGGAGUGAUUGGAAAAGUGAGUCAGGUGAUUGGAACCGUUGUUGAUGUGAGGUUCGAAAAGGGUUUGCCUCCGAUAUUGACGACUCUGGAGGUUUUGGAUCAUUCCAUUAGGCUUGUGCUUGAGGUGGCUCACCAUAUGGAGAAGAAUAUGGUGAGGACCAUACCUAUGGAUGGGAUUGAAGGGCUUGUUCGAGGGCAGAUAAUUCUCAAUACUAGAUCUCCUACAAUUUUAAGAAAAAGUUGUUUGAAAGGUGGGGUUUUCACUUAUUCUGAUGGUUUUGCCGCCGUCCGCCAAGAUACCACAGUCUGGACCCAAGCCCCUCUCACUUCGAUCCACCCCGCCGCCGAGUCCUUAUUCCACAUCUCCGUCGACGUCUCGGACUCUCCGGAGCUUGCCAACUCCUUCACCACCGCCGGCCAAUACCUCCAGCUCCGUGUUCCUACGGACGACGAUGUUUCAAAGCCUUCCUUCCUCGCCAUCGCUUCUCCGCCGUCUCUGGCCUCGGUCCAAGGUGUGUUUGAAUUCUUGGUGAAGAGCUUCGCAGGGUCCACCGCCGAGCUUCUCUGUGGGCUCAACAAAGGGGAUGUGGUUGAAUUGAGUCAGGCAGUGGGAAAAGGGUUCGAUAUUGAUCAGAUUUCUCCGCCAGAGGAUUAUCAGUCCGUUCUGAUUUUCGCAACCGGAUCUGGAAUUAGCCCAAUCCGGUCUUUGAUAGAGUCAGGAUUCAGUGCUGAUAAGAGAUCUGAUGUGAGGCUCUAUUAUGGUGCAAGGAAUCUUGAGAGGAUGGCUUAUCAGGUUCUGAUCAGUGCUUUGCUUGUCAGGGAUAGAUUCAAAGAUUGGGAAUCUUUGGGAGUUAAAAUUGUGCCGGUACUAUCUCAGCCAGAUGAUAAUUGGAAAGGUGAACGUGGCUAUGUACAGGCUGCUUUCUCUAGAGGCAAAAAAAUUUAUAGCCCUCAGUCCACUGGUGCGGUGCUCUGUGGACAAAAACAAAUGGCUGAGUUUCUGGUUUCAUCGGGAAAGCCUGAAACAGCACCCAUCUUGCUAUCAACCAUCAGAGUUGUGUUCUGA